UUCAGUUAUCUUUAACAAUCCACAUUACAAUAGUGGAUGAGAGAAGAAGAGAAUGGCAGUUGCAGCUCUUCCUACACUGAAAUACCAUCAUUCUCUCUCUCCAAGUUUUGUCAUUUUUGGAAAUAAUGCUCAAAGCAUGCCCAUUUCAAGGAACCGGAAAGCCCAAUUAAGUGGGAAGUCGCGCAAAAUAGUUGGAUGUUCAAGUAAUCCUUCAAGACCCUGUUUGCAAGAUGGGAUUUUGAGGAGGGAUUUGAUGUUCUUGGGCUUGUCCUCCUCUCUCUCUCUUGCUUUCCCAGUUUUAGGCGCUGGUGCGGAAGAGGAACUGAAAAUGGAUCUAUUUGUUGAUGAGACAAAUGCUUAUUCAUAUUUGUAUCCGAAAGCACUGCCUUCCGACAAAUUUGUCUUCAAAUGGGUGGAAUCUAGAAAACCGGAGCGUUAUUCAUCAGCUGCACCAUUGUCCCCUGAUGCUCGGCUUCGCAUUGUGUCUGAGAGGGUUGAUUUCAUUGAUAACCUCAUAAUUUCAGUUUCGAUAGGUCCCCUAAUCCAUUGUUCUUGAAAUCUAAUGACAAAAGCACGUGGAGUGCAAAAGACGUCGCUGAAUCUGUUUUAGCUGACAAGUCUGCACUGCGGGUAACUACAAGCCAACGGAUGGAUGAAAGUUCAAUCCUUGAUGCACAUUCUUCCACAGGCUGCUUGUGUUUUUCACUAAGGU